AUGAUAGAAAAGGAUGAUAAUCGAGUAUCAAUAAUAUCAGAACUGGAAAUGGAUGAAAAGGAUGAAUUAAUGUUGAAGAUAAUUGUGGAAUUUUUGCAUAAAAAAAAAGCAAUUAAAGAAUUUUUGAUUAUAUUUCUUAUCAUUAUUAUCAUUGUACUUGUAUGUUUAAAUGCAAUGGGACAAUUACAAGCAUCAUUUUCAUCGUUGCUUUUGGCACCAUUACUUAUGGCUUCAUCUUUUCAUAAACAAAAUUUAAACAAGAAUUAUAUCAUAAUUUUAUUACUUUCCAUUUUAAAAAAAAAAAAAAUGUUCCGUGAAGGUAUCAAAAUACAAAAAAAUAUGAAUCGAACUAUGGAACUGAAAGAAUGGACAUUAUAUAAAAUCCGUGAACUCUUAUGUCACAUAAAAAUUCAUUCAAUAAAAUUUGAAUAA